GUGAAAUACACCUGUUGACAUGACUUACGUAAACACGUCCCCCACGAACUAAAAAGUGCUCCUCUCCGGAGUAUACGGUUGCCUUGCCGACGAUACUGCAGGCGUAGACUACAGUGAACGCGGAAGACAGACCGUUCCGUGUUCUGUAUUUACAGUCGGCUAGUAGACAGCAUUUCGGACAAUUCAGUAGUGUUAGUCGCAUUUCGAUGGCGCUUUUAAUGGAAAAUCAAUUCAUAGACCUCCCAGCCGACAAAACACUGGAUACAAAGUUGUUUCUGGAGUCCGUGUCAUAUCUUCCGUCUUUUUUUGACUGCCUGGGGUCAAAAGUAUUUGCCCCUAUUAAAUCAGACAUCAGUGGAAAUAUAACGAAAAUCCGAGGUGUUUAUGACAAGGACCCUGUCAAGUAUGCAACACUACAGCAGAUAGUAGAGGCAGAGAAGGAGGCCUAUGGAGCUGAGUGGCCCAAAGUGGGAGCCACCUUGGCCCUAAUGUGGCUGAAGAGAGGUCUCCGUUUCAUCCAAAUCCUGCUGCAGAGCUUGGCAGAUGGAGAGAAAGACGAAAACAACCCUAACCUCAUCCGUGUCAACAUCACCAAAGCUUACGACCAAGCCCUAAAGAAGUACCAUGGCUGGCUAGUGCAGAAGAUUUUUAAGGCUGCGUUGCUUGCAGCACCCUACAAGUCGGAGUUCAUCAAGGCCCUGUCAAAAGGUCAAGUGGUCACAGAGGCAGACUGCAUGGCUAGUGUACGCCAGUUUCUUGUGAAUUACACGGCAACAGUGGAUGCCAUCUACGAGAUGUACACAGCGAUGAAUGCAGAGCUGGACUAUACUGUCUGAUGUUCUUUCUCAAACCGGACCAUAGCAGCGUCCUGCACAUUACUGUAUUUCAGUCUGGUUUGCCAUCCCUUUCUCUGGUGAUGGAACCAUCCAGCUGUUCAGGCUUGAGGAUUUUAUUUGAAAGAAUAUGUCUUCAGCUGUCAACAUUUUUACUGACUUUUGUGUCUAUUUGUUUAUCCCCCUCCCUACUGAAAGUUGAUGGUUCAUCUAGUGAAGUGUUGCUACUGGACGGAAGACCUGUGGCAUAUCCUGCAUCAACUGUUGUCUAUAUUCAAGAAAUUUACAACAUUGUUAAAUGUAUGGAAUUCUUAGCCUGUUGCUGUUACCAGACAUUCAGAAGUGAUAUUCUGAGAGCCAGUCUCUCUCUGUGGGAGGGAAAAGCCUUUCUGCUAUUGAUUUACAAGACUCUGAAAUCCCUAAUGCAACUCAGCCCUGAAAUGUGAUAUUAUGUCCUCCUCACUGCCCUGUAGCUACCGGAAAAGUCAACUUCUCAGUGCUGUUAGAGAUUAUAACCACCGUUAGUGGUUUUAGUGCCUUAUUCUGUCUAUUUUAUGUUUCAUUUGUGUGGGUUUUGCCUGUUUGUUUAAAUUUAACACUUGGUUGAGAUGGGUUGUAAUUGGUCUUUUUGUGUUUACUAUUCAAGUCUGCAUUUCAAAGAAUGGAAUUUUCAAUCCCUUUUAAUGUUGUCAGCACCUGCAAAACAGUAUUUGGCACGUGUUUACAUAUCAGGGUCUGCAUGGUAGAUUAGGGGUUUGAGCAUCUGACCAGUAGCUGCAAGGUUGUUAAAUCAAAUCCCCUAGAUGAAAAAUAUUUUCUGUCCCUGAACAAGGUAGUUAGUCCUAAUUGACCCCAGGUUGUAUGUGAAAAUGGGGUGUUCUCAGUCAUUUUUCAUUCACUAUGGCAAUGUUGUACUUACACUAUUUUGAAAGCCUGCUGCUGAAGAGUGUAUUUUUACUCCAGAAAAUUCAUAUCAGAAAUCCAACUGUAAAUUGGUGUCAACUGUGAGUUAUUUCAUAGUGCUGUUAACAUGGUUUCCUUUUAUUCAGCUAGAAGAGAAACAUUUUGCUUCGUACUGUAUGUAAACCUUUUAUAUGGUUAUUAAUAUUGAUCACUGUUUUUUUAUGUUCUUUCAAAUAAAUGUUGUUUUUAUUGAGUCA